AUGGGAUUUCUUGGUGUUUACACAACGGUCUACGAUUAUGAGCCACGUGCCGAGGGCGAGUUAGCCAUCACAGAAGGCGAUGUGCUCUAUGUCUUGGAGAAGGGUGAAGAUGACGGAUGGUGGAAAGCCAAGAAAAAGGCGAGCGCGGAGGAUGAGGAUGAGCCAGUUGGGUUAGUACCGAAAAAUUACGUUGAGGAGGCUCCGGUCGUUAGCCAUGCUCGCGCCAUUUACGAGUACACCCGCCAGACAGAUGAAGAACUAUCAUUCCCUGAAGAAGCCGUACUGCAAGUGUACGACACGUCCGACCAUGACUGGAUACUUGUUGGUCUCGACGGCGAGUAUGGGUUCGUUCCAUCAAAUUAUAUUGAAAUGCGAGAAGAAGGCACAAUCCUAGACGCUCCGAGCUUAUCUGCGCCGCCCGCAUUGCCAGUCAGACCACGCUCGGUUGCCGCGCCAAAAGAAUCACCGCCCAACAUAACCUCAUCCUCUUCCACAUCGGCGGCUGCAUUAGCAAGUGUCAUCCAAGGAAAGGCCAGGACGUCAACUCAAGUCCCACCUUCGCCGUCUUUCAAACAGCCGACAGGAUACCAGACACAACAUGAUGAUUCUCAUCCAUCAGAGGAUCGUGAAGAGAGCCCCGAAUCACGCUCUCCAGCGUUGCCGUCCCGUCCCCGACCGGAAAACACAAUUGAUCACGCCCCUAAUCGUGUAUCUUCUAGACCCGAGGCACGCGAGGCUCAGCUGACAGAGGAACCAUAUCGAACACUUGGAGGAUUCCACAUGUACAAUAUCAAUGAAAUGGUGUCUGUGAUGGGCAAACGGAAGAAAAUGCCCACAACCUUGGGCAUUAAUUUGGGCACAGGUACCAUUCUCAUUGCCCCUGAACGUGGUGAUGACGACCCUCCACAAGAAUGGUCUGCAGAUAAGAUGACCCAUUAUUCCAGAGAGGGCAAGCAUGUCUUCAUGGAACUCGUCCGUCCGAGCAGGAGUAUUGACUUUCAUGCCGGCGCCAAGGAUACAGCAGAAGAAAUUGUGGCAGCUCUAGGAGAACUCUCAGGCGCUGUGCGUGCUGAAGGAUUACGGGAGGUUAUGAUGGCUAGCUCGCAACGCAAACAGCGCAAAGGUCAUAUUCUAUACGACUUCAUGGCACAAGGGGAUGAUGAAGUCACUGUUGCGGCCGAAGAUGAUGUUGUAAUCAUUGAUGAUUCCAAGAGCGAAGAUUGGUGGCAGGUUCGACGAGUGAAAAACGGCAAAGAGGGUGUCGUACCCAGAAGCUAUAUUGAAAUAUCCGGAACGAUAAAUCCGCCGCCUUCGAGCAGUUCUGGAAUCGACUCUGCCAGGGCAACUGUCGAACAAAAUCGACUGGAGGAGAUCAGGUUAACCAAAGAGGCGAUAAGAGCAAGCAAGGUGCCUCAGCAGGUAGGACUUGGGACACUUCUCCCCGCGAGGGGCAGCAGCCUCAUAGCCGGAGAAAAUGGUAAUAAUUCGAGGCAACAGCGAAGCCGGCGCGAAAACGGACGCAACGAAACCGGCAACCAUCACAAAUUAAAGUCAAAGCCCGACUCUUCCAAGCUAAGGACGUGGACCGAUAGAUCAGGUUCCUUCAGUGUUGAGGCACAGUUCCUCGGGCUCAAAGACGGGAAGAUUCACUUGCAUAAAAUGAACGGCGUCAAAAUUGCGGUUCCGAUUGCCAAGAUGUCUCGUGAAGACUUGGAAUACGUUGAAAACGUAACUGGAAUUUCUUUAGAUGAUGACAAACCGUUGGCGGAUGUGAAAAGAGCAAAAUCUUUGGACAGGCAGCCUGUCGAGGUCGGCGCAUCAGUCAGCAGGAAUCCCAAACCUGAAUAUGACUGGUUCCAAUUUUUUCUUUCGUGCGACGUUCCAGUUGGAUUAUGCGAACGAUACGCUCAAGCCUUUACAAAAGACUCCAUGGAUGAGAGUGUUCUUCCUGAUGUCAACGCAACGAUUCUCCGAACACUUGGUCUGAGGGAAGGGGACAUAAUCAAAGUUAUGCGCACAUUAGACACAAAGUUUGGCCGCGAGCGCAACAAUCAAGAUUCCGAAGGCAAUGUGGGAGGACUCUUCUCUGGCCCGGGGGGAGCUCUUCGAAACAAUACGAGAAAAGGACGGCCUGCUCCGGCAAUCCAAACAAGUGACGUGGUAGAUGCAGCUGCUUUCUCCAAAGACGACGUGGGAACGUCUGGUCCGAGUUCUAAGGAAGCUACAUCUCCAUCCGAGGCUACCGCCAACAAAAGCGGCUUUGAUGAUGAUGCAUGGGAUGUGAAACCUCACAGUAUUUCAGCAAGCGCCACGGAAAAAUCAGCAAAGCCUAUUCCAGCAGCAGCACCUGGAGCACAGCUAACAACAGCCCCAAACUCGGGCGCUGCGCUCACUGGCUCAAUGAAGGAGUUGUCUCUAUUGACAGAGCCCCUUCAGCCAAGCAAGGUGGAAGCGAUAUCUGCCACAGAGCCACGCCAACUAGCAGAGCAACAGGAGCAACCACCAGUCCAGAAUCUUUCUGGCGCCAGUCCAGCAUUCUUCUCCGUCAUGCCCAACUCUGACAGAACGGGCCCCAUCUCCUCGCAAGUUAUUGCUGGGACCUCCCCAAAGCCUGUUGCGAGACAGCGACCUGCACCACCUUCGAUAUCACAAAGCCAGAACUCUCUGGUGUCGCCGCCACCCCAAAGGCCGUUAUCAGCACCUCAUUCGGCCCAGCCAACGAUUUUCUCGCCUCCAGCCCUAGCACCUCAAAUGACUGGCUCUGUUCAAGGCCAAGUUGCACCUCCCGGCCAAAGCCUCGGGGAUAUCGCCCAAGCCAGAUUGCAACAACAGUAUACUUCCCAAUUUCAACCGUUGCAGCCUGCCUUGAGUGGUCAUGUCAGCGUCCAGCCGCCGGGUGUGACAUCUUUCCCCGGUGGCAUUCCAGGGCAGCAACAAUUUAUCCGUCCUGUGAUGACGGGCUUCUCUGGGAAUAGCGCUUUCACUGACCUCAGUAGGCAAGCUCAAUUUGCGCCAAUUCGAACUCAACCAACAGGUUAUCAAGCAUCGUUCCCCCCGUCUACGGUUUCAGGAUUUCCUCAAGGGAUGACGAUGACUGGCAACAUUAACAAUUUCUUACCCCAAGCAUUGGAGCCACAACGUCCAGGUGUUCAAGACAUGCAGCCUCCGCAAGUUGGUAUCGUCGGUGACAGUAGCUUUGCACAACCAUUACAGCCUCAAAAAACAGGGCCUCCACCUCCAGUUCGUUUCGGGAUUUCUUCAGACCCGAAAAAGCUCACUUCGCAACAACCUGUGCGCCAUCUAAUUCUCUAA